AUGAUGAACACAAAGGGAAAGAGGAGGAGGAGGAGCUGGUAUAUGAUCUCUAGGCCUUUUAGGAAACACAGGGUUGUUUCUUUGGCCACAUACAUGGGAAUCUACAAAAAGGGUGAUGUUGUAGAUAUCAAGGUUAUCAGUACUGUACAAAAAGGAAUGCCACACAACUGUUACCAUGGCAAAACUAGAAGAGUCUACAGUGUCACCCAACAUGCUGUUGGCAUUGUAAACAAGCAAGUUAAGGGCAAGACACUUGCCAAGAGGAAUAAUGUGCAUAUUAAGCACUCAAAGAGUCACAAUAGCUUCCUGAAAUGUGUCAAGAAAAAUGAUCAGAAAAAGAAGGAAGCCAAAAAGAAAGGUAGCUGGGUUCAGCUGAAGUGCCAGCCUGCCCUGCCCAGGGAAACACACUUUGUGAGAUCCAAUAAAAAUGAGCCUGAGUUGUUGGAACCUAUUCCCUAUGAAUUCAUGACAUAA